AUGACGUGCCGAUACGCGGCAGGUCUCCGGAGCGCCGGACGCGAGGCCGAUCAAAAGGCCUCGGGUCGAAAAGUAGACCUGGUACAGGUCGGCAACCGUACGCGGGCCAUUGGGGCUUCAGGUUCGAUCACGUACAGGUUGGCGAAGGCAGGAUGGGCGGGCAGCGGGAGAUGGGACUAUGGCCAUGGGUGCGUGGGGGCGCUGGAGCAGCCACUGGAAACACAGGGUAUGAGGCCGGGAAGGGAGCACGUCACCACAGCGCGGGCGGUGGGGAUGUGCGGGGGUGGUGCAAACUCAUCGACUAUCCACCUGGGGUGGAGCGUCAAACAGUCCGCCCGCGUAGGGUGA